UAAUGUUUCAGACCGCGAGUUUUCACUAGUGAUUUGAUUAUUUUUACUUUUUGUAAUAAAUAUUGAAAACUCCAAAAUGCAGUUAUUAAAAUCAGAAAACAGAUUCGAUAUUAAAAAAGCCGAACAGCUUUUAGCCAACGAAAAUAAAUUCAUAAUGAAUCUGAUGUCCAUGUGUGCCAUACCAGAAAGACGAAAUCAGGAUGAAAGCGAUAAUGAAGAUCAAACGGAAAAACCCCAUCUGCAGGACGAUACCAGCAAAAAAUCCAGAGCUAAAUCGCUUCAGGAAUUGGAGCAAAGACUCAAAGCGAUAACCAGCAAAAAGAAGCUCACAUACAAGGAAAAACUUGCUAAAAAAGGCCUCAAAAAUCGUAUGAAGAAAAAGAACAAGCAAGACGAACGUAAUGCCAAAUCCAAACUGGAAAGGGCCGCAAAAUUAACAACAGUGAAAAAUGAAAAUACACAAGAUCUAGUUGAAGAUAUUAAGCCCGAAAUUAAAAAGCCUGUAUUCAAUAGCGAAAAUAAAAUUGUAUUUUCCAAAAUCGAUUUUGCUAAUUUAGGCAAGCAAAAGGUUAAAAAACAAGAAAAAAAUCCCCAAAAAAUCCUGGAGAAACUCAACGAAGAAAAAACUAGGCUCGAACAACUGGAGAAAAGCGGUGAAACUGACAAAGUAAUACAAAUCAAGGAACAAACCGCUUGGAAAAAUGCCUUGGCCAAAGCUGAAGGACAAAAAAUCAAAGACGACCCUAUUUUACUCAAAAAAUCAGUCAAGAAGCACGAACAAAAAGUGAGAUCUAGUAAAAAGAAAUGGGAAGCCAGGAUACAAGGAGUUGAAAAAUCCAAAGAAGAGAAACAGAAGAAACGCAAAGAGAACAUUGACAAAAGGAAAAAGGAUAAGAAAGUUAAAAAAUUGAAGAGCGCUUCUAAGAGAGGAAAAAUAAUACCAGGAUUUUAAAUAAAUAAUUCAUAUUUUCACUACUAAAAGGGUUUUUUAUUCACUACAAUAAUAGGAAUGCAAUUGUAUACAUCAAACUUGUAAAAUAAAAUAGUAAUAAAAUCACAAAUGUAAAAAUAUUUACAAUAAGAAUAAAACUUCUACUAAAAGCUAAAAAUAUAUCACAUUAUUAUUUUUUUAAAUAAUUAAUUAUUAUUGCUAAUCAACAACAGGUAUCACUAAAAAUAUCGCAUAAUUAUAAAUGUCUUAAAUUGCUCAGUUACAGGUUUCAUCUACUAUUAAUAAUUGUUCUAUGAAAUUUCAUCUACACUAGAUAAAAGUGUUUUAAUUUGAAAAAUCCUAAUUUACUGUGCAUUUCGAAAAUUUAAUUUUUAUGGAAGUUUUGAAAGCAGACUUUGGUAGGUUUGCCUAAUUAUUCCUUUUAAAGUAGAAUGGUUUUAUGGUUGACUUAAGGCAUAAAAAUAAAAAAAAUGGCAUUGGAAUUCUUUGGUAUUUGUAUUUUUUUUUUUUUUUUCAUAUACAUAUAAGUAUUUGGUAAUUUGUAUAUUUUUAAAGCAAAUAAUCAGGGUUGGCGAAAGUCCGGCUAAGUGUAGUAUAGUGGAUAGAGAAUUGGAUUUUAGAGAUUUUUGGUAGAUAUUUGUGUUUUUCAUGGAUAUUUGUGUUUUUGAUAACUAAAUUAGUAUCAAUGAGCGCUUAAGAACAUUUGGAAGAUUUCUGAUAACUUUUAGCAUAUUUCAGUGCUUCAAAAUCAUUAGGGAACCAAUUAAAAACUCUGGAAAGUAUUUUGAAAAGUCAGGAUGCGCUUGUUCUAAGUUAAUACCGAGGUUAAAACAUUUUAAAGCAUUUUGAGACGCUCUAGAGCAAUUCAGCACUUUGAUGAGCUUCAGAAGACCUUCAAUUCAAUUUUGAAUCCUUCUGCAUUUGUUUUAAACAAAUUGGAAUCUUUAAAAACAUUGUAAAACGUUACAGAACACUUUAGAAUCAAUUUCAGAAACAUUCUAGAAUAGACCAGAGCACUUUUGAACUUUGGACAUUUAGAAAGCUUUUGGAACAAUAUAGAACUUUUGGAAACAAUCUAGAAAUGAAAACUUUCAGAAUAUCUUGAAAUUCAUCACAUGACACUUAAGAACUAACCUGAAACUUACAUGAACAUAUUAGAACACUCUAAAACACUUCUGAACUUAUUCAGAAUUUCAAUUAGAACUAUCAAAAAGCGCUUAAUAAUAUUUGGGAGAUUUCUGGUAAUCUAAAACAUUAUGGCGCUUCAAGAGCAUUAAGCAACCAACUAAUUGAAAACUUUAGAAAGCAUUUUAAAAAGCUUCAGAAUGCGCUGGUGCAAGUGGAACAUUUUUAAUUAUUUUAAGAUGCUCUAGACUACUCUACUCUAGAGCAAUUUCGAGCUUUGAUAAGUUUCAGAAGACCUUGUCCAAUUUUCAAUCUUCCUGCAUUAGAACUUGCAGUUUGGAAUCAAAUCAAAGAACCAGAGUACUUCCGAACUUCUGAGAACAUUUAAGAAAGCUUGAGAUACUUUGAAGUUCAGGUUUAAAUCCAAGUUAAAAUUUCUAGGAGUACUUUGGAGAGCUCUAGAACACUUUACAAAUGAUAUGGAACUUUUGGAAAUAAGUAAUCUUGAACUGGAAACAUUCAGAAUAUCUAGAAAAUAGUUACAUGACACUUUAGAACUAUUUUAAAAUUUUCAUGAACAAAUUAGAAUACUCUAAAAACACAUUCAGAAGUUAGAAUUUCAAUUUUUCUGUAGAUUUUUGUGCAGGGUUGGCAAAUAUCAUGAUAUUUACAUACAUAUCCAAUUAUCCGAUAUAUAUCGAUAUAUGUCUAGGAAAAUAGUCGAAAAAUACAUGUAUUGCAAAAAAAAAAUCCUACCCAAAUGAACUUUUCAGGGAUGAUAGGGGGCGGGCGGGUGAUCAUAAAACCGAAAAUAUCAAACAUUUACCCCUCUAGCGUUUUGCGCUAUAGGGGUUGAAAGUGCGCCAUUGGCGAUUACUUGGUACUUAUUGAUUUUACAAAAAAAAUGUUUCAAAUAAAAGAUGUGCAACAUUAUUUGAUCUACAAUGUUUAUCUAAAGACUUUUUUGAUUAAGGGCCGUCUAUGGUCAUAAGGGCCGUUUGAAAUUUUAUAAUGAAAAUGAAAAAUUUUAACCAACGUGAAAAAUUUUUCUACAACACAUACAACAUUUUUGCCUUAUGAAGUUUUUACUCACCUCCUGCCGUUUUUCAAUAGGGGUAGUUUAAAGUUUAUUUAUUUUUUCACAAAAAAAAUUUCCUUAUAAAAGUUUUAUAAGAUUACAUUUCCUACAAUUUUUCCCAAUCAACUUUUUUUUUAACUCACCCCCAUUCAGCGGGGGGACACUUCCCUUAGGGAAAUUUUAGUUUUUAGGGGUAUAUAUUAUUUUUUUUUUCUUUUCUCGCCUUUAGUGCAUAUAAAAAGGUGCAAUUAACAUUGUACUAAAAGGAUUUUUUUCCACCACCUUUUUGUUUUUAGGAGUAGUUCGCCUAUUUCCAACUUUACAAAAAAAAGUUAUAGAGAAAAGUUGCUCAAAAUAAUAAAAUGAACAAGUUUUCUUAAUAAUUUUUUUUUGUAAAGUUGAAAAUAGGCAAACUACCCCUAAAAACAAAAAGGUGGUGAAAAAAAAAUCCUUUUAAUACAAUGUUAAUUGCAACUUUUUAUAUGCACCAAAGGUGAGAAAAGAAAAAAAAAUAAUAUAUACCCCUAAAAACUAAAAUUUCCCCGAGGGAAGUGUCCCCCCGCUGAAUGGGGGUGAGUUACAAAAAAAGUUGAUUAGGAAUAAUUGUAGGAAAUGUCAUCUCAUAAAACUUUUAUUAAGAAAAUUUUUUUGUAAAAAAAUAAAAAAACUUAAAGCUACCCCUAUUGAAAAACGGCAGGGGGUGAGUGAAAACUUCAUAAAGCAAAAAUGUUGUAUGAGUUGUAGAAAAUUUUUUCACGUUGGUUGAAAUUUUUCAUUUUCAUUAUAAAAUUUCAAACGGCCUUUAUGACCACAGACGGCCCUUAAUCAAAAAAGUCUUUAGAUAAACAUUGUAGAUCAAAUAAUGCGGCACAUCUUUUAUCUGAAACAUUUUUUUGUGAAAUCAACAGGUACCAAGUAAUCGCCAAUGGCGCACUUCCAACCCCUAUAGCGCAAAACGCCAGAGGGGUGAAUGUUUGAUAUUUUUGGUUUUCUGAUCACCCACCCUCCCCCUAUCCUCCCUGAAAAGUUCUUUUGGGUAGGAUUUUUUUUUUGAAAAUUGAUAAUUUUCCUAGACUAAUUAUUAAAAUUUAAAAUAACUUUAUGGUGAAUUUAAUAAUAUGUUACAAACAUGUAAAGUUGUUAUGGCGAUAACAAGGUUUAGUGCUCCUAUACAUAUGUUAUGUAUAGGAAUGUAAAGUGUAGUAGGUAAAUAAAAAUUUGAGUUUAAGAAUAUGGAAACAUUUUAAAAGAAAUCUACAACUUAGGGCCGGUAUUAUAAAACUAUUUUGACAGAAUAACUAGAAGUUAACUUUUAGUUAUCUGUAUAAAUAGUUUCAUAAUACCCGCCCUAAAAACCUACUAUUUCUUAUAUACAAAUAAAAAUAAAUAUAAUCUCUGUGAUUUCCUUCUCAUAAAUAAAAUAAUAAAACUAUAAAAUAGGAAAAAAAGGCCAUUCAAAUAUUAUUGAUAUAUAUCAGGAUAUUUAUAGCAUAAAUAUCAUGAUAUUUAUCAAGAUAUAUACAGGAUAUUUAUCGCUGAUAUACCUAUAUCCUGCCAACCCUGUUUUUGUGUUAAUUUAUAUGGAGAUAUCCAUCAAAAAUCCAUCCAAAAACCAAAGAGUAGAGAAAAAUGUUUGCCAACCCUGCAAAUAAUAUUAUUGAAGUGAAGUUAUCUAUAAAUUCGAUAGCCCUUAAAAGACUGAUACAAUAAAAUAAUUCAACAUAUAUUAAUGUAAUUUAGUCCUCUCUAAAAGGUCUAAAAACAGUUAUUUUUCUCAUUAAUUCCAUCUUGAAAAUAAUUUUCAAAAACCCCACAAAAGUAGGGAUUUUUGAAAUUUUAGAUUCUAGUUGUACACUUUUCAAAUUUGAAACUGACACUAUUAGUACUAUAUUUUGAUAUUUCAUUUAAGCAGUCUUUUCCUGCAGUUUUAUGGAUAAUUUAAUUCUAAGAAAAAUAAUAUUUGCUUUUCUUUGGUCAAGAUGUUUUUGAGAAACAUAAGUAUAAAUAAUAAAAAGAGAGAAAAGUAAUUUAUAAUUAAUAUCACAAUAUAAUAAGGUAAGGGUUUUAAAACCAUCGAUGCAAUUUUAAGUAAAACAGGCUCAUUACAUUUAGCAGAGUCUGAAAAAUGUAAAACUUUAGGAGCUUCUUUAAUAUUUGUACAUCUGUGGAUUUAAAUAUUGAGUAUUUUCAUGACACUAGAAUCUUCUACAAAGUGUAUAAGUGCCAGAAAAUAAAUGGCACAUGGCAAUUUUUAAUUAUUAUUCUGGCAGCAAAGAACAAACUAUUUUUUUUUUACAAUUAUUUUAAUCGUGUUUUUCACGUGUAGCUACUUCAAUAUCACCAGCGCAAUUUUUAUUAGACGAGACUGGAUUUGGAACAAUAAAUUUACCAACCACAAAAUCUUCAGUGGGAAAAUCCUUGAUAGUUGAUAUGUGGAAGGCCAUAUUCGCUGCUGCUAUGAUAUACUCAAAUAAUGCAAACAUACUAAAUGCUGUAAAUAAUUAGGUAUUAUUGUACACAACAUAAUACCUACUACACAAACUUACCCAACCUAAUACAAAAAAAUCGAUGUUGCAGAAAAAAAAUAACCAAACCUGCAGUACACAACAGUGACAAUACGAGCAUAUCUUUUUUAAAUUUUAAACUAGCUUUUAUUGUUUCAAAAUCCAAAUCAUCUCUAGUUCCUGCAGCAAGUUUGGUACCUUGUAUACAAGCCAGCAUGUGUGUUAAGCUGCUCACCAUAAAUAUUAUAAAGAGCUUUUCAUGAAUUGCUUUUUAAAAAAAAAUAUCUGUAUAAUAUAUUAAAUUGCCCCUCAAAACUUUACUUACGAUAAUUUUCCCUAUUUGAAAUGUAAGCAACACCACACAAUGCAGCUGCCUCAAUAAGAUUGAGAAAAUAGGCUACAUUUAACCAUAAUUGGGCUCGUGUUUUAUUCUAAACAAAAUCAAUUUGUAGCAGGGUUUGUUCAAUAUUGUACUGUACCCCCUUACCUUUGAUAAAGGAUCCACAAUACCUAACUGAUAUGAAUUGUACACAGCAGCUAAUGUAAUUCUUGGUCCAAUGUGCAAAGCAACACUAAUCCUCCAAAUGUACCUUUGAGGACUUACCCCUGUUACAGCACUUAUCGAUGGUACAAUGUUAAAGACCUAAAUUGAGUUUUACUUACUUAUAAAACUCAAUAUUAGUUUGGUAAAAAUAAAACUUACCCUACAAUGUGUUUCAUGUACAUCAUCGAAUUGAAAAAUAAGAGCAGACAGUACACAAACUACUAGGGCUCCUAGUGGAAUCGAAACAGCAAAUAGACAUACGUUUUUAAAAUUGAUUUUAUAAUGUACAAUCAGUUCGUGCUUGUGAAUUGCAUUUUGGCAAGGGAUUAGGGAAGAUUUAGGGUUUUCCAUUACUUAACUUUACUUUAUUCCUUUUGAAAAUAUUCCUCUUGGAAGUUUUGUGGCUCUAUUGCCUCUCCUAAUAAAUGAUAAUUUUUAAUUUGUUUAGGUAAUAAUUGUUUAGGUGUCGCUUAAUGUUGUAAGGCAUGAUUACAAUAAUUUGUAGUUGUACUAAUAUUUAAUAAUAAUUGUUUUUUGUUUUUAAAUUUUUUUAAUUUGACCAUAA